UUGCGGAUUGAUUUCUUUUUGACGGAUGACGGAGGAAGAUAGUGACUCAAGUUGUAACAACCAAGUUCAAGAAGAACUUGAAAAAAGGUUCCUUGAGUUGAAAGAUGAACUGUUGAAAGUAAUAAAGCAGCUGAGAAAGAAACCAAAAAAUGAAAAACUGUGUCGACGCAAGGAAGAACUUACCGAAAGUAUGCGUGCCAUUACAGAAAUGAUGAUACAAGAUGACAAAGAUGGGGAGGAAACCAAGAGAGUCUUCGAGGAAGGCGAAACGGAACCCAAAGAAGUAUCUGCGCGCUCUUCUUUGGAAACAACACAUUCUGUAGAUAGUAGUUUAAAAGCAAGUUCGAAAUCGAGUUUUACAGAAUUGCCUUGUAAAACAGAAAGUAGUUUUGUAACUCCAUUGACUGAUACGAAGCUGCAGAGUUUGAGAGCAAAAAGUAUUGAAAUAUCCAAAGAAAUUGAACAAAUCGAUCAACUGGAGAAUCCUAGCGACAGUGACCUUAUGAAACGAAAGAGUUUGGAACUGGAACUUGAACGCAUUGCAGAAGAAUUGUUACAGCUUGAAAUGGAUGAAGAGGAGGAUAUGGAAGAAAGACAAGAGUCAGCAACCAAUUCAAGUUGCAGUCCUUAUUGUGUAAAUACAAAAUCAAUAGAACCAGAAUUGCCAGGAAAGAGUAGUAGUGGUUUGGAUAGACGAGUUGAUACUGAUUCCAUCUCUCGAAAUGAAAGCAAUUCUAUUUUGAAAAAAGCUGAAACAGGUGUACAUAAAUGGAUACAAUCCGUAGUUUCAAAGAAUUCAGAUAAUGCGAAUUCUUCUUUAUAUGAUUCCAAACAUGGCAGUACAGAUUCUGAUGAAGAAUUGUGGAAUGAUUCAGAGAUAAAAAACAGAUAUCAGAAAGGUUCUCACCGUAGUCAGUCAGAAAUAAGAAGUGCUGUUGAAGAAGCUAGGAACCGAUUGGCAAGAAGAGGAGAAAAACUUGGACAACUUGGCAAAAAUGCAGAAGAAAUGCAAAACCAAGCAAAAGCAUUCAUGGAAGCAGCAUCGGAACUUAAUCGUCGAGAACAGCGAAGGACUUGGUUUUGAACAGAAAACUAUUUGAAAGUUA